GGGAGAAAGAAACCCCACAAAUUCGAUGAAUACAUGAAGUUGACCCCUUUUGACCAGCAGCAAACCGAAGUUCAUGCAUGUACACGCUGGGAAGGCACAACUCUCGCUCUCUCUCUCUCUCAUCCGCACGCAUCCACCAAUAUCCCAACCCCUGUUCGAAGUUCUUACCAAGUCCUCGAAUAUCUGACCCUAGUGUUCACGGAAUGGCUGGAGAAGAGGAGCCGUGCGUGGAGAUGGGUCCGGAGGAGUUCAAGGAAAGUAACGGCGUCACGGCCGAGGACUGGCGGAAUGCGCUGAGCAAGGUGGUUCCGGCCGUGGUCGUGAUCCACACCACUUCUUGCCGGGCAUUCGAUACCCACUCGGCAGGUUCGAGCCACGCCACGGGGUUCGUCGUUGAUAAGAAGCGCGGGAUCAUUCUCACCAAUCGUCACGUCGUCAAGCCCGGACCUGUAGUUGCAGAAGCUAUGUUUCUUAACCGAGAAGAAAUUCCUGUAUAUCCUAUGUACCGAGACCCAGUUCAUGAUUUUGGCUUCUUCCGGUAUGACCCUGGUUUGAUACAAUUUUUAAGCUAUGAGGAGAUUCCUCUUGCUCCGGAGGCUGCUUGUGUUGGCCUAGAAAUCAGGGUAGUUGGCAAUGAUAGUGGGGAGAAGGUCUCCAUUUUGGCUGGUACCCUUGCUCGUUUAGACCGUGAUGCCCCUCGUUAUGAUAAGGAUGGCUACAAUGACUUCAAUACAUUCUACAUACAGGCAGCAUCUGGGACUAAAGGGGGCUCAAGUGGUUCCCCAGUGAUUGAUUCGCAAGGUAGGGCAGUGGCAUUGAACGCUGGGUCCAAGCCAUCCCGUUCUUCUGCUUUUUACCUACCUCUAGAAAGAGUUGUAAGGGCAUUAAAAUUGUUGCAGAAGGGAAGAGAUUCUUGUACAGAUGGUUUGGGGGCAGUUUAUAUUCCUCGCGGCACACUUCAGGUGACAUUGCUUCACAAAGGAUUUGAUGAGACACGUCGCCUUGGUCUCCGAAUUGAAACAGAACAGAUUGUGCGCGAUGCAUCUCGGCCAGGCGAAACUGGGAUGCUUCUUGUUGAUUCUGCUGUGCCCGGUGGCCCAGCUCACCACCUUUUGCAGCCUGGUGAUGUGCUUGUCCGUGUAAAUGGGAAAGUAAUUACUCAGUUUCUGGAAAUGGAAACGUUACUUGAUGACAGCGUGGAUCAUAAAAUUGAAUUACAGAUUGAAAGGGGUGGCACACCAUUCACUGUAGACUUGUCGGUUCAAGACUUGCACUCAAUAACCCCCGACUCUUUCUUGGAAGUAAGUGGUGCUGUGAUACACCCUCUUUCGUAUCAACAGGCUAGAAAUUUCCGUUUCCAUUGUGGCCUUGUGUAUGUUGCAGAACCAGGAUAUUUGCUUGGCGCUAAAGUUCCGCGCCAUUCCAUUAUCAAAAGGUUUGGAGGUGAGGAAAUAUCACGGCUUGAGGACCUAAUUUCUGUUCUUUCGAAGCUGACCAGGGGUGCUCAAGUGCCUUUGGAAUUUAUAAGCUACAAGGAUCGACAUCGAACGAAGUCUGUCCUUGUUACGAUGGAUCGACAUGAAUGGUAUGGGCCUCCUCUGGUUUAUACUCGCAAUGACAGCACUGGUCUAUGGACAAGAAAACCUGCUUUGCCACCUGAGUCCCCACUGUUAUCUUCUGGCAUGAUCAGUGUUGAACAAGGUCUUGAAAACUGCAGAGCUCCACCAGGUGCUGGUGAGGCUAGUCUAAUUGAGCGUAUGUGUCAAAAUUUCAAUCGGGUUUCUGUAGAUGGUGUUACCAGCGUGGAAUCUAGUUUCAAAUGUGUUGCUGAGUUGCAAAAUUUUCGUGAUGACUCUGAUGUUGGAGCCACAAAAAACCAAAUAGAAGAGGAUUCAUCUGGUGAUAGCAUUGUUGUGGCUAACUUUUCUUUUGAUGAGCCUAGAGUAGAAAAGCCGGAAGACUCGACUAGCUCAGAAAAUGUUUUUUCGGGAGAUUAUCAAGGUUCUGCAGCUGUAGCAACUAAUGUUUCUGUAGCUGAACGAGUAAUAGAACCUACUCUGGUGAUGGUUGAGGUUCAUGUACCACCGUCAUGCAUGCUUGAUGGUGUGCACUCACUGCAUUCUUUGGGAACUGGUGUUAUUGUAUAUCAUUCUCCUGACAAGGGACUGGUGGUUGUAGACAAAACCACUGUUGUCAUUUCUGCAUCUGAUGUAAUGCUCUCUUUUGCUGCCUUUCCCAUUGAGAUCCCUGGAGAGGUGGUUUUCCUCCAUCCUGUUCAUAAUUAUGCUCUUGUUGCAUAUGACCCUUCUGCUCUGGGAGCUGAUGGUGGCUCAGUAGUUCGUGCUGCUAAACUUCUUCCCGAACCUCCAUUGUGCCGUGGAGAUGCAGUCUAUCUCGUGGGACUAAGUAGGAGCCUGCAAGCAACAUCAAGGAAAUCUAUUGUCACUAACGCUCAUGCUGCAAUAAAUAUUGGUCCUAGUGAUAGUCCACGCUACAGAGCCACUAACAUAGAAGUCAUUGAGCUUGAUGCUGAUUUUGGUAGCACAUUUUCGGGUGUGCUAAGUGAUGAGCAUGGAAGGGUCCAGGCUAUCUGGGGCAGCUUUUCAGGGCAGCAGAAAUAUGGUUCCAGUCCAUUGGAAAAUUAUCGUUUUGUUCGAGGCAUUCCUAUUCAUACCAUCAGCCAGAUCCUUGAUGAAAUCAUAUCUGGUGCAAAUGGACCAAAUCUUCUAAUAAAUGGUGUCAGAAGGCAAAUGCCACCUAUCAGAAUCCUAGAGGUUGAACUUUAUCCAAGAUUGCUUUCCAAGGCUCGUAGCUUUGGGCUGAGCAACAAUUGGGUCCAGACUCUUGUGAAGAAAGAUCCAAUUAGGCGUCAAGUCAUAUGUGUUAAAGGUUGUUUGGCUGGAUCAAAGGCUGAGAAUGUACUACAACCAGGUGAUAUGAUCUUGGCAAUUAAUAAAGAGCCAAUCACAUGCUUUGGUGACAUUGAAGAUGGUUGCCGUGUUUUGAACCAAUGUGAUGAAAGCGAUGGGAAGCUUGGCAUGACUAUUUUCCGUCGGGGAUGUGAAAUUGAAAUGCUUGUUGGAACAGAUGUGAGAGAUGGGAAUGGAACAAAAAGGGUAAUAAGUUGGUGUGGGUGUAUUGUCCAGGACCCUCACCCAGCAGUGCGUGCUCUUGGAUUUCUUCCCGAUGAAGGUCAUGGUGUGUAUGUUGCAAGAUUGAGUUCUGGGAGUCCAGCACACAGAUACGGUCUAUACGAUCGCCAGUGGAUUGUUGAAGUUAAUGGGAAACGAACUCCAGAUUUAGAUGCUUUUGUUGAAGUGACAAAAGAAAUAGAUGAUGGGGAAUUUGCUCGUGUAAAGACGGUCAAGUUGACUGGAAAACCUCAAGUACUGACAUUGAAGCAGGAUUUGCACUAUUGGCCUACGUGGGAGGUUAGGCGUAAUCCCUACACUGCACUGUGGCAACAUAAAACAAUUAAAGCAUUAGACCGGGGUACUUCAUGAACACAUUCUUGUGGGUGGAAACUGUUUGGGAAGAACAUAAGGCUCGGAAAUUAAAUCAAACGAGAUUUUGUGGGUUCUGAUAGUGUUUGUUAUGUUGCUUGUAUGGGGAAUUUGAGCUGCAGUACAUGAUAGAUACUAGGUACUUGAGAAUCUCAUCCGGUGGUCAGUUGUUACUCUCUUAGAAUGCAGUUUGGCAGUUAGCAAUAGUUUGGGAGCUAGGGCCAUCUACCAGCGAUACAUUCAUGACUGUACAUCAAAAGCUUCUCUUGAAUAACUUACGUUGUAAAGUGGACUAAUCACUUGAAGGAAGAAAUAUUGUUUGUUUGUUUUAAAUUACUUGGGGAAAAAGCACUUUCAUUGGAUUACUAGUUUUUCAAAAUAUGCCAUAUGUCUUGUUAUG